AUGCCACCGCCACUGGACUGCGCCAACUUUGAUUUCUCACUUGGCGAGGAGGUGGCCUUUGGCCCCUGCGCCCCGCAGCUGGAGAGCAGUGUGGUGGCGCAGGUGCCCCCGCAGCACCUGCCUUCCCCCGAGCCGUGCUGGAGGGGCCUGGCGGACCAGCACCAGAAAGCACUGGGAGAUGCCCUGGAGGCAAACAGCCAGCUGCAGGAGACCCUCACGCAGAGGCAGGAAGAACUGGUGACGCUGCGGGAGAGCAACGUGCAGCUGAAGGAGCUGGCGAGCCAGGCCAGGCAGCUGGCUGCCGUUCUUGACGUGCUGAUGCUCCCGCAGUGCGCUGACAGGGAGGUGCUUCCUCCUCCUCCUCCUCCUCCUCUUCAUCCUCUACCUCCUCUUCCCGCCGCCGCCGCCCCGGCCGGGACGUGGGUCGGUGUCGGGCGGGCGGAGCCGCGGGAGGAGGCGGCGGGCGUGGACGCCAUGCUGCGGGAGGUGUCGGAGAAGUGCCGCGCCGCCCUGCGCAGCCUCGGGGGGGGCAGCCCAGGGGGGGACAGCCCGGGGGGGGACAGCCCCACGGCCAAGCGCCCGCGGCCGGCCCCGCUCCUGCACGGCGCCUUCCGCGGGCUGCGCACUGGGCGGGCGGGCGGCGAGGGGUUGGAGGGGGGCGGCAGCCUGCGGGCGGCCCUGGGGGAGGCGGGCAGCAUCCGCACCCUGGCCUUCCCGCAGGGAAACGCCUUCACCCUCCGCACCGCCGCCGGCGGGUACCGGUUCCGCUGGGUGCCGCGCUGA